CUCGUUCACUGAAAAGAUUCGUUACUUUGAACGAAUCGUUCACUCACGAGCCAACAUUAAGUGUCGACCUUCGGUUCUUAUCGCUUUCGAGUGACGCGAAGCAGCAUGGCGAGCAAGGAGCCCAAUCGGUUGGUCCAGAAUCUCCGAGACCUGAUUGGUCGCAUGGCAGGCUCGUCCGGCGGUAGGGGUGCCGGACUCGGAAUCAAACUGCUGCUUGGCGCCGGCGCCUUGGCGUACGGCGUCAAAGAAGCCACGUACACUGUGGAGGGCGGUCACCGAGCGGUGGUGUUCAACAGGAUCGGCGGCAUGCAGAUGGACACGGUGCUGGCCGAGGGCCUUCAUUUCAGGAUCCCGUGGUUCCAGUACCCCAUCAUCUAUGACAUCAGAGCCCGACCCAGGAAGAUCUCCUCACUGACCGGUAGCAAAGACCUGCAGAUGGUGAACAUUGCGGUGAGGGUGCUGUCGCGUCCGAUGGCAUCCAAUCUACCCGCCAUGUACCAGCGUCUGGGCAAGGACUACGAUGAGCGGGUGCUGCCCUCCAUCGUCAAUGAGGUCCUCAAGUCGGUGGUGGCCAAGUUCAACGCCUCCCAGCUCAUCACGCAAAGAGCGCAGGUGUCGCUGUUGGUGCGCAGGGAGCUCUUUGAACGCGCCAAAGACUUCAACAUCAUCCUAGACGACGUGGCCAUCACCGAGCUGAGCUUCAGCAGCCAGUACACCGCCGCCGUCGAGGCCAAGCAAGUCGCUCAGCAAGAGGCGCAGAGGGCUCAGUUCUACGUGGAGAAAGCCAAACAAGACCAGCGGCAGAAGAUCAUCCAGGCCGAAGGAGAAGCCGAGGCGGCCAAGAUGCUGGGCCAAGCCGUCACCAAGAAUCCCGGCUACCUGAAGCUGAGGCGCAUCCGAGCCGCUCAGACCAUCGCCAAGACGGUGUCGACGUCUCAGAACAAAGUGUACCUGAAUGCUGAAAGUUUGGUCCUCAACUUGCAGAACCAGGCCUUGUUUGACAAUUUAUCGUUGGGCCUGAAGAAGUGAUGAAGAGGCCGUCGUGUUCAUCGCGACCGACCGAUGGGCACUCGCGGACGCUGCGGACAGCUGGUGGACACCAAACAAAAGUCGGGAACAAGUUGAUUUUGUUUUUCUUUAGUUUUGUUUUUCUAAUUGUGACACAAGAUGCCGGUGACGUCGUUGGUAGCGCCACGCAAUCGCUCCCGCGUGCAUUUGUAAAUGCAAAUUUGACCUCGUUGGAGAUUAGCAUGCAACAUCUCUGUUAGGACGUCGGUUUAAGCGUAUCAGCUGCCCGUUUCCGUAGCAACGUGCAUGCGAUGAGGUUCUCCCGGCGCGUGCGUGACUCAAGCAAUUAGCACUCCUGAUUUUCACGGUGGCAGUUAUUGAUUGUGUGAUUGUCAUGAAUGUGUUGCUUCCCAACAUCGAACUUUAACGUCGCUGCAAUAGGACGACUCGGAAAACCAUCUCGUCUCAAUUCACUCUGUCAUCUAAUGGAAGAGCAUUUCAUGUCAUCGUUUUGAAAAAUUCAAAGCUUUCAUGCACAGGUUUCAAUAAAUCGAAGACACAAGAAAG